GCGUUUCCAAACGACAAGAAUUACUUCGUAAAAACAAAAUGACGGUCUUGUUUGAAAUCUUCGCUCCAAUAGCUUUUCUUGAUCCCAUCACUAGUAAUGCCAACCUGCCCUCUAACCUGACUUUAAAACCAAAGUGAAGAAGCUAAGAGAAGUUCACAUUUCUUGCAUAUCAUCCUUCUCAGUCUCUUACAACCAUGGAAGAAUCAUCAAUUCAGAAGCUCCCCAAAGCAAUCUUCCACGACAUACUUUCCAGGCAACCCAUACAAACUCUCCUGGAAUGCAAACUCGUAUCACGAUCCUGGCUCGCCUCAAUCAACGAUCCAGCUUUCCAUAACCUCCACUUUUCUGCUGCAGCUGAAUCUGAAUCCACACUCUUUCUCUUGGCCUUCUCAGACUGGCCGAAACCCAUGCUGCAGCUCGCAGAACUUGGCGCCAUGGAGGAGGACACAGCCAAAACAGUGAAGAUCACCACCCAGUUGGAUGGAUCAAUGUUACCUGACUUUGAUCUGGUGGGUUCUUGCAAUGGAAUCCUCUGUCUGUACAGCACCGUCUCCGACGAUCCACUCUACAUCUACAACCCUUUCUCCAGCUCUGCACAUUGCAAGGAGCUCCCCAAGCUCACGGUACAUGACACUGACACAAUCGGCAGGGUGGUGUUUGGCUUCGGAUUCCAUUGGCGGACAAAGCAGUACAAGGUAGUGAAAGUCGUGUACUACAAGCAAUCGGAGUACGACUUCUCUGGAGGAAACCCUGAAGCCUUUGUGCUAACUCUGGGGGCAGAUAAUGAUGAUGAUGAGUGGAGACGACUGGGGCGAAUCCCGUACGUUCUUGCUGGUCCAGCAUCGGAGGCAACGGUGAAUGGCAGGCUUCACUGGAAGAGCUGGAACCCGGAAGCUGAAGGUGUCGUGUCGUUUGACUUGGAAGCUGAGGAGUUCCAGGCCGUGCCUGGACCGAAAGAUUGCAGCAGCUUUGAUCAUCUGGUGAAUUUGAGAGGUCAUCUCUCUGCUGUCCAGUUGAGCAGCGAUGGAUCGGUUGGAGUGUGGGUGAUGAGAAGGUACUGUGUGAAGGAAUCUUGGAGCAAAGAGUUUGCCAUGCCGAGCCAUGUCCCUCGGAGUUAUAGUAUGCGUGGUGGGGCGCCUCCAACUAGGAGGAAGAAGAAUGGGAUCAAAGGGAGGUCAUUCAAAGUUUUGUGGGAGUUUAAGGAUGGCAAGGUUCUGUUUCUUUACAGAAGCAACUGUCUGGUGGUUUAUGAUCAGGUUAGUGGAGGGUUUGAGGACGUCUGCAUUCGAGGGCUUCCCCAGGAAUUUCAGGCAUUUGUCCAUAUGGGAACUCUAAUCUCCAUGGAUCCAGUUAGCAACACUCAGCAUAGAGCAUAAUGGUCGUAGCAGAGACCUUCCCAAUGUUUUAGAUUGUAUAAUGUGCAGAACUAAGCUCUGCCAAUACGAAGUGUUACAUAUCGUUACCAGGGAGGCAUGACUACGUGAGAUACCUUCAUUAUGGAAAAAUUGCAGAACUUCAACUUGAA